UACGAGGGGGCGGGGACUCUCUCAGCCAUAUAAAAGGACUGUGCCGGGGGGCGCCGGCAGUCAGGCGGCUGAGGAGCGGGGUGAGUGGAGUUGUCGCCAUGGGUAACACCGUCGCCAGGGAGGACUUCGAGUGGGUGUACACGGACCAGCCUCACGCCGACCGCCGCAAGGAGAUCCUGGCCAAACACCCAGAGAUCAAAGCGCUGAUGAAGCCGGACUACAACUUGAUCUGGGUGGUGGUGCUGAUGGUCGCGGCGCAGCUGACUGCCUUCUAUCUGGUUAGAGACCUGGACUGGAAGUGGGUGGUCUUCUGGGCGUACGUGUUUGGGAGCUGCAUCAGCCACUCCAUGACUCUGGCCAUUCACGAGAUCUCUCACAACAGUGCAUUUGGCAACGGCAGAGCGAUGUGGAAUCGGUGGUUUGGAAUAUUUGCCAACCUCCCCCUCGGGCUGCCCUAUUCGAUAUCCUUCAAGAGAUACCACAUGGAUCACCAUCGAUACCUGGGAGGCGAUGGAAUCGAUGUGGACAUUCCCACCAACUUUGAAGGCUGGUUUUUCUGCACUCGCUUCAGGAAGUUCAUCUGGAUUGUUCUUCAGCCAUUUUUCUAUGCCAUUAGACCCCUCUGCAUUAAUCCCAAACCAAUUACUCGACUUGAAAUCAUCAACUUGCUGGCUCAGCUUUCCUUCGAUAUUGUGAUCUAUUAUUUGUGGGGAGCCAAAUCCCUUUUUUACAUGCUUGCUGGCUCAGUACUUGGCCUUGGAUUGCACCCGAUUUCAGGACACUUCAUAGCUGAACAUUACAUGUUCUUAAAGGGGCACGAGACUUACUCCUAUUAUGGGCCACUUAAUUUGCUCACUUUUAAUGUUGGCUAUCACAACGAGCACCAUGACUUCCCCAAUAUUCCUGGCAAGAGCCUUCCACUGGUGAAGAAAAUAGCAGCUGAAUACUACGACAACCUGCCACAGUAUAACUCUUGGAUAAAAGUACUUUAUGACUUCGUGAUGGAUGAUACAAUCAGCCCUUACUCGCGCAUGAAAAGGCAAUUAAAGGGUGAAGUGAAGCAAGAUUAAACUUCUGGCAACCAAAAAAACUUUGUCUGCUUGCUUUGAAGUGACUGGUACAAGGUCUCUUGCUAAAGAUGUUAACUAGUGUCCUGAGUUAAGAUCCACAGCAACACAGCAAUGCAUUCUUAAGGUUAUUUUGUAGGAGGCUACUACCAUCUACAACAUUCCUAGCAGUACUCAGAUUCACUGGUUAAAUGUGUGUGUUUGCCUAAGGAUCAGUGUUAUACACAUAAUGCUAAAUCUCUUUGUUACAGAAUUUACUUUGGCAGGUGUUUAAAUCUGUAUGAAAUGUUUGGCGCUCAUAUUUUAAAAGUUCUUAAUGUAGUACACUGUCCCUACCAUGCAGUUUAGGUGAUAGUAGUAUUAAGAUGCUGUACUUAUCUGUUAAUUCUAAACUAACAUGAUUUGGUCAACUUAAAUCUUCUGUUGAACUUAUUUCCUGAUUCACAGGUGGAAAAACUAAAUAUCUGCUCUUGUUGAAGUAGGUAAUGUUAUCUGAAGCAUUAUUCAAAAGGAAGUUACCUGCUCUACAGAAAGUACUCUAAAGGAGCAUUGUGUCACUUAGAAUGAAAUAGCCAUGUUCUAGAUGGCUUACGUGGUGGCCUUGUUAAAAGGUGGGGAAUUUUGAUGGUAUUGCUGUUCUUGAGUGUCCUCUCCUACUCCUUAAGUGACUCGUGCUAGAAUAUAGCUUGAGCAGCCAGUGCCUGAAGUUGUACCUGCUGUGAGGGAACUUAGCAGAAUUGAGGUUUCUCGUACUGCAGAAAUCUUGCUAUGGUUUGGAAUUCUUCUUAUCUGCAAAGGAAAAUGAGAAGGUAGAACCUGGUUGGUUCUGCUGUUACCAUGGAUUUAAAUACUGGCUCUAAUAUUUACACCUGCUUGGAAAUUUGGCUGGUAUGGACAACCAAAUUAGUUGAACCAGAUACUGUUCUGGCAAACAGUGCUAACUACAGCAACUGGCAACUUGACCUUUUCAGUUAUUAGUCCUUUAUGUGUGCAGAAAGCUGUUGCUAAAUGUUCUUCCUAUUUUUUUUUAAACCUUCCCUACAUAAACACUGGUCUUAAUUACAUAAUAAAAUGUGGUGAGAGCACAGGUGAUGCUAUUGAAUUACUUGAAGCAUUUAAAGUGGGAACAAAGAAUGGAUUUACUGAGCUCUAAAGAACCUUUAUAUACCUCAAUACAGUGUAUUUCUUCUGUAUCAUUUAAUGCCUUGCUGAUGGUCUUAAGAUGUGGAAGAUGGAUACAAAUUGCUCCCAAAUAUCAAAUGCUGAUUCUAUGAUGUGUUCUUAUUUAAAAGGUGGAAUCUGAUAAAGGUGGGAGGCUCAGGCUGCUCUCCAUGCUGGUCUGCUAUAAUUUCAUUUUUGGAUGACUUUAAUGCCUGCAUUUUUUUUACCUGAGAAGCAUACAUCCUUACAUCUUAACCCUCACUUGAUUGCAGUUGUAUUUCUAAUAGAGCUUUGCUUUUUUUUUUUAUAGAAGCCUGGGCCCUUAUCUGUGAUUAAGUAACAGAAGUGGUAUGAAGGUGUGCCAACCAACUUUUUACAACAUGACCUCAUUGUGAUGCGAAUGAUGUAAUAGUUAGCCAGCAUAUUGCUCAGGGUACAGUGUAAUGUCCAAGUAUACCUUAUUCAGUAUUUUUAUGUGUAAUUAAAAAGCAAAGAUUAAAGUAA